GGCGCGCGGGCCGCCAGCCAUUGUGCCGCGCCGCCGCGACCGCCCUGCGCGGACCCGCCGGCCCCCGGCCCGCGCCGCCGGCCCUCCCGGCUCUCCCCCGCUCCCUUUUGUCCGUCUGGCUCCCUCCUCUCGCUUCCCAUGCCCGCUUCCCCGCUCUGGGGGAGGGGUCCCGCCGCGUCCCCCCCGGGAUGCCCUCCGUUCGCCCGGGGUAUCCCUGCCUCCGUUUAAUGUGCCUGCCCCCUCCCUGCCCCCUCCCCCAGCCUCGGCUAGCGAGACCCAGGAGAUGGGGAGGGGCCCAGGAGCCGGAGAGUGCAUGUUGCCGAGAAACAGUGAACAGAGUAUCUGCCAGGCAAGAGCUGCUGUGAUGGUUUACGAUGAUGCCAAUAAGAAGUGGGUGCCAGCUGGUGGCUCAACUGGGUUCAGCAGAGUACAUAUAUAUCACCAUACAGGCAACAACACAUUCAGAGUGGUGGGCAGAAAGAUCCAAGACCAUCAGGUCGUGAUAAAUUGUGCCAUUCCUAAAGGGCUGAAGUACAAUCAAGCUACACAGACUUUCCACCAAUGGCGGGAUGCUAGACAGGUGUAUGGUCUCAACUUUGGCAGCAAAGAGGAUGCCAAUGUCUUCGCAAGUGCCAUGAUGCAUGCCUUAGAAGUGUUAAAUUCACAGGAAGCAGCCCAGAGCAAGGUUACUGCUACCCAGGACAGCACUAAUUUGCGAUGUAUUUUCUGUGGUCCAACAUUGCCUAGACAAAAUUCACAACUACCUGCUCAAGUUCAAAAUGGCCCAUCCCAAGAAGAGUUGGAAAUCCAGAGAAGGCAACUGCAAGAACAGCAGCGGCAGAAGGAGCUGGAGAGGGAAAGGCUGGAGAGAGAAAGAAUGGACAGAGAAAGGUUAGAGAGAGACCGACUAGAGAGAGAGAGGCUAGAGCGGGAGCGUCUGGAACAAGAGCAGCUGGAGCGGCAGCGGCAAGAGAGGGAGCGGCUGGAGCGCCUGGAGAGAGAGAGGCAAGACAGAGAGCGGGAGCGCCUGGAGCAGCUGGAGCGGGAGCAAGUGGAGUGGGAGAGAGAACGCCGAGUGUCCAAUGCUGCUCCAUCUUCAGACAGCUCCCUGUAUAGUGCUCCACUUCCUGAGUAUUCCAGUUGCCAGCCUCCUUCAGCACCUCCUCCAUCAUAUGCUAAAGUCAUCUCAGCUCCGGUGUCAGACGCCACUCCUGAUUACGCUGUAGUGACUGCUUUGCCACCUACUUCCACACCCCCUACACCACCACUGCGACACUCAGCGACACGUUUUGCAACAUCUCUAGGUUCAGCCUUCCACCCUGUUCUUCCCCAUUACGCCACAGUUCCUCGUCCUCUGAACAAAAACUCUCGACCUUCUUCUCCUGUGAACACACCCUCUUCUCAGCCUCCAGCUGCGAAGUCCUGUGCCUGGCCUACUUCCAAUUUCUCGCCCCUCCCUCCAUCUCCUCCGAUAAUGAUUAGCAGCCCCCCUGGCAAAGCUACUGGCCCAAGGCCUGUCCUUCCUGUUUGUGUCUCCUCUCCUGUGCCCCAAAUGCCUCCGUCGCCGACAGCACCCAAUGGGUUGCUGGACUCUGUAACAUACCCAGUGUCUCCACCGCCUACCUCAGGGCCAGCAGCGCCACCUCCGCCACCGCCGCCGCCACCACCACCACCGCCGCCACCACCACCACCACCACCACCGCUGCCUCCCCUCGCCUCACUCUCACACUGUGGAUCACAGGCUUCUCCUCCUCCAGGCACCCCUCUUGCCUCAACUCCCUCAUCCAAGCCCAGUGUUCUCCCUUCUCCCUCUGCAGCUGCCCCUGCCUCUGUGGAGACCCCUCUAAAUCCUGAGCUGGGAGACUCCUCUGCUUCCGAGCCAGGCUUGCAGGCAGCCUCUCAGCCGGCCGAGACGCCAACCCCGCAGGGCCUUGUCUUGGGACCACCUGCCCCUCCACCACCACCACCCCUCCCAUCAGGCCCUGCCCAUGCCUCAGCACUUCCUCCUCCCCCUGGACCCCCUCCACCACCUCCACUGCCAUCCACUGGGCCUCCACCACCCCCUCCACCACCUCCUCUUCCUAAUCAAGUUCCUCCCCCUCCUCCACCACCUCCCGCCCCUCCCCUCCCCGCAUCUGGACUUUUCUCUGGAUCCAUGUCAGAAGACAAUCGCCCUUUAACUGGACUUGCAGCUGCAAUUGCGGGAGCAAAACUUAGGAAAGUGUCUCGGGUGGAGGAUAGCUCUUACCCAGCUGGAGGGAGUGCUGUGGGUGUGAACUUGGCCUCAUCCAAAGCAGAUGCUGGUCGUGGGAAUGGACCCCUUCCUCUAGGUGGUAGCGGCUUAAUGGAAGAAAUGAGUGCCCUGCUGGCCAGGAGGAGAAGAAUUGCCGAAAAGGGGUCAACAAUAGAAACAGAGCAAAAAGAAGACAGAAGUGAAGAUUCAGAGCCUAUAACUUCUAAGGCCUCAUCAACAAGUACACCUGAACCAACCAGAAAACCUUGGGAAAGAACAAACACAAUGAAUGGCAGUAAGUCACCUGUCAUCUCCAGACGGGAUUCUCCAAGGAAAAAUCAGAUUGUUUUUGACAACAGGUCCUAUGAUUCAUUACACAGACCCAAAUCCACACCUUCGUCACAGCCCAGUGCCAAUGGAGUCCAGACAGAAGGACUUGACUAUGACAGGCUGAAGCAGGACAUUUUAGAUGAGAUGAGAAAAGAACUGACAAAGCUGAAGGAGGAGCUUAUUGAUGCAAUCAGGCAGGAACUGAGCAAGUCGAAUACUGCAUAGAGAAGCAAACUAAGGAGACAGGACUUGAAUCUGGAGAAAAACAAAAAUUCCUACAAACAACUGUUAACAACCCCCUACAAUUUUUAAGCUGUAAGAAGAAAAUGGAUACACAGUCAGGAGGGAAAAACCGCCAAUCUCUGAAAGCCUUCAGACAUAGCGAUUCUGGCAAUCAGCUGUUCCCUCCCAGUGUGCUGCUCUUGUUCUGACCUUCACCGCAGGAUGGAGAAUUGUAUUUGAGCUCCCGUAGCAGUACUAAGCCCGUCAGGCAAGAUCACCGUGCAUUGAAAUAUUUUCAUGUCUAGAUGAAAUUGCACGUUUUCCGCAAUCCAUUGCUAAAAUAAAAAAAAGAGAAAGGCUUAAGAGGUUUUUUUCAGAGGGCACUGACGAAGAAUUUUAUUUAGCAAGUUCUGCUAUUGCAUUGCAAAUGUUUCUCUCAGGUUUGUCUUCCUAUCAUAUUUGAUAUUCCGUGAAUAGUUAAGAUCAUAAAGUAUGGAACAAAUGGAAUUGUAUGUGCUUUCAAAGGGUGGUAUUUAUAAGAAAGGUCCUAAACUGUUUAGUCCCACUUGAGGAAUUUUAGAGUGAUAGGAAGUGUCUCGGGUUAGCCUUCAUGCAAUUUUGUAGUUUAAAACAUAAAUCUGUCCAGAAAUUAAAGAUUUAGAUGCCUUCCUAAAUUGUUACAAUGCUUUACCAAAUCUAUGACUUCUAUAUAACAAACAGUGGUCAAAUGUAAAACAUUCUAUUAUAGAUUUACUGUAGGUUUUCAACCUUUUUUAGACUUAUGCAUGUGGACAUUUUUAUAAUGUAAUUACAAUCACCACAAAGUUAGCUUUUUUAAUUACAGGCGGUAAUGCAUGUCACACUAAUAUGUAGUGGCCUUUUCAAGGCCUAAUCCCAGGGGAAAUAUUUUGUAGAAUAUAGGGAAGCGGGAGGAAGGGGAGGAAUAACUUUUUAUUUAAAGUUAAUUUCUGCACUGUCUUUAUUUUCUCAAUUACCUGCAUGAAUUACAAUGAGAAAUAUUUUGUGACUUUAAUCAGUAAACAUGUUAACAAAACCAAGUACUUAAUCAUUUACAUCAUGACUUCAGCUAUUUGUAUUUUAACCAGCAGUUUGAAUGGUCUGAAGCAUGAUGCUGAGCUCCGCGUGGGCUACAUCACUGUGGAACUCAAAAGUUUGAUCACUGAAUUGGGCAGUUAUCUCUAGGUCCCCGCAGUGCUGCAGGUGCUCAGGUGCUUGCUCCUGACUGAAGCUGCUCUCGACCUCUGUUGUGCUAAAACACAAGAAAUAUCAAUAAUGGCAGCAAUUAGGAUCACAGAAAUCACAGAUAAAGGGAAGCCACUGAGGAGUUCUGCAGUUUGUUUGUUUUUUUUAAUAAAACUAAACUGAGACUUAAGUGGUAGGCAGAGUCUGAUGUUGUUACACCCUGAGUGUGUGUAUGUGUAUGUGUGUGAGAUGGAUGUCAUGGAUGUGUUCCAGCCCUUUAUGUUUAUGAUUGGCAACAUUAAAAUAAGGGAGAAAUCCUAUAUAUUGUAAUGUUAGCUUUUUGGAAAAUCUAGGAAAUCAAAAGUUCUUGAGGCUCUCCAUCAUGAUUUAUGCUUGAGUUAUUAAUGUGCCAUAUUUGCUUUGGAAUUUUUGGUUAACAAAACUACUAAAAAAUGGAAGAAAUAAUCUACUUUCGUUUGCUUUCUAGAUUUCAUACAUGUCAGUUGUAAAACAAAGCUUGACAGCAGCAUAGUUUUCUAAAUGGUACCAUUUGCAGUUAUUACCACUACAGAGAUGUUUGAAUAAGGGAUAUUUUUUUCUUGUUAAGAGUUUCUGUUUCUGUAGAAACUUCAUUUUUAGAUUUUAUGAGGGAUGAACUAUUAUAGUUGAGAUAUUCAGCUCUUUUUCUACCCAUUAUUGUCAUGCGGUAACAGUAAAGGUGUUGAAGGUGUGGCGAGCUUGUAAGUUGUUCUCUAAAAGAAGCAGGCCUUUCAUUUUACUGUUGAACUUUUGAUUACGCAGCUACUUUGAUAAUGUAAAUGUGUACAUCCCUUACAGAGCUGAUAAAAAGUCACUUCAUUUUGUUGCUGAAGUUAAUAGUCUAUAGUAGGUAGGGUACUUGGUAUAAGUGGUCCAAAGUGAGACAAAACACUAAAGUCAAUGCUAAGUCCUAAAAGAAACUGGUUUAUGCACUAAACGUUUUGUGCCUUGGUCUAAUAUUUAACACAAUGUCUGUAAAGUGACAAAAAAAAAAAAAAAAGAACCAGUGUUGACUCAUGCUAUAUGCUUCAUCAUAUCAUAUAUCGCAUUAUCCCACAUGGCUGAAUGUGUUCCUUCAUAGAGCUUAAUUGGACUAUUCUAUACAUUCGCUGUCAUACAUGAAAUCUUGUCAUUGUUGGAGAUUUCAGUGAUUAAAAUGGGAAACAGAGCUUAAGUUAUUUUCCCAAAACUGUUUCUUGGAACCAUAUUGUGAUGCUGGGUUUUUGCUUUUGUGUGUUGAAUGUCUUCAGCUGAGUACAGUUUAGGGAUCCUUUCUAGUUACAGGAAGGCACUGCUCUCCUCAACACUGUGAUCUGACCUGCGACAACUCUGUACAAUACACUCUGUGAAUGGCUAGCAAGUCAAUAGCAAACCAGAAUGUACAAACUUAGUGUGGUGCUGAAAUCUCUUCAGAAUAGUCAUCAUGGUCUCAAAGUCUGUUUAAAAUUUACAAGCCUAAUGUGUCAAUCAGAACUAAAGAUGAAACACUGAUGAAUGUUCAGUUCUCAUGCUGCACGUGUGUUUUCUGUUUAGGUUUUUCAGUUCUGCUGUUUUUACCAUAACUGUUUCAUUUAAAUUUCCUACACGCUAACUUCAUUUGUGUGAUUGAAAUAAAAUUGCAGUAUAUACA